CCCCUCCCCUCUCCGCGGCGGGCUCCGUGCCGCGCAGGGUGGCACGGCCGGGCAGGGCGGGUAGACGGCGCGCGAGCGAUGGCGGACCCCAGCUCGUUCGCGUCUCCCGCGUGCUGCCUCACGCGGCACCUCCACCUGCGCUGCCGCGCGGACUUCGCGGCGCGCGUGCUGCGGGGCACGGCCGCCCUCACCGCGCGCGCGGAGCGCGAGGCGCUGCGCCGCCUGGUCCUGGAUACAAAAGACGUACAGGUAUUUAAAGUGACUGUAAAUGGACAGGAUGCACGAUUUGCUUUUGGAGAGAAGCACAGUUUCAAGGGAACCCCUCUAGAAAUCACAUUUCCAAAUGAACUAAGAAGGGGACAAGAAGCAAUUGUUGAAAUCUCUUUUGAAAGCUCUCCACAGUCUUCAGCUCUCCAAUGGUUUACUCCAGAGCAAACUUCUGGAAAGAAACACCCAUUUCUCUUCAGCCAGUGCCAGGCUAUCCACUGCAGAGCCAUUUUUCCAUGCCAAGACACACCUGCUGUGAAACUAACCUACUAUGCAGAGAUAUCCGUCCCAAAGGAGCUGGUGGCUCUGAUGAGCGCGAAUCGCGAUGGAGAGGCACCCGACCCAGAGGACAGCACCCACAAGGUUUACCGCUUCAGCCAGAACGUUCCCAUACCUUGCUACUUGUUUGCUUUAGUAGUUGGAGCUUUAGAAAGUCGAAAGAUUGGCCCGAGGACACUGGUCUGGGCUGAAAAGGAACUAGUGGAUAAAUCAGCCUAUGAAUUUUCUGAGGCUGAAGCUAUGCUGAAAACAGCAGAAGAUUUGGCAGGACCUUAUGUCUGGGGACAGUAUGAUUUGUUAGUCUUACCACCUUCUUUUCCUUAUGGUGGUAUGGAGAAUCCUUGUCUUACUUUUGUAACUCCAACGCUACUGGCAGGUGAUCGAUCUCUAUCAAAUGUUAUUGCACAUGAAAUCUCUCAUAGCUGGACAGGAAACUUGGUAACCAACAAAACAUGGGAGCAUUUUUGGCUGAAUGAGGGUCAUACUGUGUACCUGGAACGCAGGAUCGGUGGUCAGUUGUUUGGUGAGCAGUUCAGGCACUUUCAGGCCCUAGGAGGUUGGCGAGAACUGCAGAAUACGAUAAAUACUCUUGGAGAUAAAAAUCCAGUAACUAACCUUGUCAUUAAUCUGGAUGAAGUAGAUCCUGAUGUUGCCUAUUCAUCCGUGCCAUAUGAGAAAGGUUUUGCUUUGCUUUUUUACCUUGAACAGCUCCUUGGAGGACCAGAUGUCUUCAUUGGCUUCUUGAAAGCUUAUGUUCAGAAGUUUGCUUAUAAAAGCAUUGUAACAGAGGACUGGAAGAAGUUCUUGUACUCCUACUUCAAGGAUAAGGUAGAUAUUCUUGAUAAAGUUGACUGGAACUCAUGGUUUCAUGCUCCAGGAAUGCCACCAGUGAAGCCUACGUAUGAUAUGACACUAUCAAAUGCUUGCAUUGCCUUGAGCCAAAGAUGGAUCCAAGCAAAAGAAAGUGAUUUGAGCUCAUUCAGCUCAGCAGACCUGAAGGAAAUGUCAUCUCAUCAGUUAAUUGAGUUCCUGGCACUGUUGCUUCUGGAGGCACCUCUUCCAUUGUCACAUGUCCAACGCAUGCAAGAAGUGUACAACUUCAAUGCUAUAAACAACUCUGAAAUAAGAUUCAGAUGGCUGCGCCUCUGUAUCAGGUCCAAGUGGGAAGAAGCUAUUCCUCUGGCUUUAAAAAUGGCAACAGAUCAGGGCAGGAUGAAGUUUACUCGACCAUUGUUCAGGGACCUUUACAAUUUUGACAAGAGUCGAGAUCGGGCUGUCAAGACAUUUCUGGAGCAUAGAGCCUCUAUGCACCCCGUCACUUCGAUGCUUGUGGGCAAAGACUUGAAGCAGGACCAGUGACAAAUGUACUUAUUUCUUUGAGAUUUUUGUGUUGCUGAAAGAAGAGACUGAUUGCCCAAACUGUUGAUAUACAUGCUUAUGAUUAUGCCAUAAAAUGCUCUCUGCUGCUUUGGUACUUAAGUAACUAAAAAAUUAAUUUUCCAAAUCAAGUUCAGUACUGUUGCAGUAGAUAGCACUGCCAGCAGACUCCAGCUACUCUCAGACUCUGACUGCAGGCUUCCCUUGUAGACUCUGAUGCCAGCAGACUCCAAAAACAGCCCCUCACAGCAGGGCCAGCAAAAAAAAAACUCUACCCUUUCUUUCUCCUCUUCUGUCUCCCCCUUGACCAGCUAACCUACUCUUUUAUAACACCCAUCCUCAUUGGAUACAGCUGUGUCCCACUAAGGGCAAGGCAGUUCCUCCUCUUUGAUAAUUAGCACAGCUGUAAUUCAUCAGGGGCAAGGUUGCUUGCAAUCCAUUCUCCUGCACUUUCUAUUUCACAUUUCCAGCUAAAGCAGCAAAAAUGCUACAUCUCUGGAAUUGAGAGAAUGUUUUCAUUACAAGCAAUUUUUAGAAUACACAAAAACUGUUCUGAGAUGUAAUCAUUUGUCAGUGAUAGAAUUGAAGAACUUGGAAAAUUAAUUGGUGGAUGGUAUGGCUCUUUGUGCAUAGCAUUCUUUUCCAUAGCACAGUGGUUGAAACUUCAAGUACCUAAAGAAUAAAAAAUAAAUCUUUUCAUUCCCUA